UCCUAUAUCUGAGAUUCUGAACAACUCUUCUUUGAUCACAAAUCUCAAAGACACUUCCGUUCAUGAACAGAGCUCACUUCUUCUAGUUUCUCCCUCUCUCUCUCUCUCUCUCUCUCUCUCUCUCUCUCUUUCUUUCUUUUUUUCCUUUCCCAAUUUCAAAGCUCUUUCUCUGAUCUAACAGAUUUCUUAACUGUUAAAUACAGAGUUAACAAAGAAGAGAAAGAAUGGAGUUGGAACAACAAGGUUUGAGGUUGUCUCUGGUUCUUGGUAACGCUUCAGUGCUGAAGUGCACCGCUUUGGCUUUAACGGCUACUGUGGUCUCCUCUUUGUUAGAGCUCUUCGCUCAGGUCGCAGUCUUGAAGGGUAAUGUUUUAGAGAAUGGAUACGAGGUGGUUGAUGCAGUGGAAGGGAAUGGAAACAACAAUGAUGAUGGUGGUGAUGAUGAUGAUGGAGAAGAUGAAGAAGGCGGUGCAGAUGAUGCAGAAGGAAAGGAGACAAAGAAAGGACCUGUAAGUGAUCCUGAUUUGAAUGGUGAAGCUGGAGAUGAUGAUGAUGAUGAACCUGAAGGGGAUGACGGUAAUGAUGACGAUGAUGAUGAUGAUGAUGAGAACCAUGAGAAUGACGAUGAUGAUGAUGAUGAAGAUGAGAAUGAAGAUGGUGGUGAAGAAGAGGACGAUGAGGAGGCAGAGGUAGAGGAGGAGGAAGAGGAAGAAGAUGACGAGGAAGCACUUCAGCCACCAAAGAAGAGGAAGAAGUGAACAACCACUUAUAUCUUCUUAACAUUUUAGACUCAAAAAUCAAAAGUUGUUAUGUGUUUCUUUUUACCUGAAGAGGAGAGAAUCUUUAAGGCAACAUCAGCUUUAGCUUCGACUAUGUCUUUGUUGUUCCAUAAACCAAAAAGACUUUUGUCUAGUGUAACCAUUUUCAGAUCCAAUGCACCAGCUUUCUUUUCUUA